AUGGCGUACGGCGGCUCUUAUACCGCCUCGUUCAACCCGGCAAUGUCGAGCAGCGAGUCCUUCGGCAGCGGCCUCCUCGCCUCGUCCAUCUCCUCCCUGUCGUCGUCCGGAUCGAAGCGCAUCUCGCCCGUGUCCAAGACAUACCGACAAGCCUCCACCCUGUUCCUGACGCGUCGCCUGCCCGAGGCGCUCAGCACGCUGCGUCCGAUCAUCACGCCGCCCAGCUCGGCGGACGACGGCGAGCCGGUCCCCGUGGCCAAGUCGUCGCGCGGGACCAGGAUCAAGGUCUGGAGCCUGUACUUGACGCUUCUGAAUGCAAUUGUCGAGCUGGAGCCUGAAGAGGGUAAAGAGGCGUUUGGCAAUCAGGAGUGGAGGGCGCUGUGCACCAAGGUGCGGGAUGGAUCCAUCUGGGAGGAGGUGGUCAAGAAUGGUUACCACGGCGUCGAAGGAGACGUUGAUGCCGAUGUGGUGAUCAAUCUGGCGACGCUGCUGCUUGCGCAUGCCCGCGACCAGAGUCUGAACCAGAAGAUGCUGGAAAACUUCCUCGCCUCGUCAAACAUUCCCAACCUUGACCUGAACGACUUCACGGCGCCGUCGCGUCGCUACCAAUCUCCCGCCAGAAGGGCCAAUGGCGCGAAUACCCCGGGAGAUCUCAACUCGCGAGUCAAGCUCCUGGAGCUAUACACUCUUCACGUCCUCCCCCAAAACAACGAGUGGGACUAUGCUCGUGAGUUCAUCAGCGUGAGCGCCGUGCUCGAUGAGGAGCGCAAAGAGGCGUUCCUGCAAGCUCUGCAAAGCCUGCAGGAGGAGCAAGAGGAACACGAGAGACAAGAGCGGGAAGAGCGCAAACGACAGGAGGAGCAGCUGCAAAAGGACAUUGCCGAGGCAAAGCGGCUCAAGGCCGAGAAUGAAGAGAAGGAACGGAAACGACUCGACGAGGAGCGGCAGCUUCGGGAGACCAGCGAGGGCGACUACGGCAUCGAACAGACGCCCAGCUUUAGCGGAGUAGGGAGAGCACAGCCGCCCGGGUCACCCCAGAACAGCGUUGCGCGCCCUCCACGCCCAACGGGCAAAUCGCGAGCCAAGGGCACGACUGCCUCUGGGUCCACGACCAUUACGGCUCGGGCCACCAUGAUCCUGUCGCGGUUCCGCCACCUGUUUGAGAGCCUCGCCAGCUCUGUCAAGGGCAACCCGGCGGUGAUUACGAGGCUGCUGGUCUUCACCAUGGGCUUGCUCAUCAUGCUGGGCCACAAGGCCACGAGACAGCGGCUGGAGCAGAUUGUGGGAAAGGCCUGGGCAAAAGUGGCAGCAACGGUAGGGAUGGGCACCAAGGUCAGUUACAUCUAG